AUGUAUAUCGUUUUUUACUUUUCAGAUUUGUUAGAAGAACAAGAACGUUUAAAUCUUUAUAUGGAAAUGUUUUCACACCCAAUAGGUCAUAAAUUAGGUAUUACUCCAGCUGUUCACAUUCGUAUUUCAACAUUGAUGGCCGAUCUUUUAAACUCACAUCCAAAUUUAUAUGAAAUGAAGAUAUUUAAAACAGGGUGGGAAAAGAAGGUUUUAAAAGGUGAAAUGAAUAAUCAGAGUCUGAUACUCGAUAAAAUUGCGAAAUUAUAUUUGGAAAUUAAUCAAGACAAAGGGGAGAUAUUAAAUAAACUUAUUAAUUAUGCUGAAGAUGAAUUAAUUGAAAUUUAUUUAAAUAAAAAAGAAUUUAAAGAAUUUUUGUUAAAAAAUAGAGGAGCACGAGGGAGAAUUGUUAAAUAUUUAGAUAUUGAAGAGGAAAUUAGGCACAGAUUAUUUGCUGGAAUUUAUCCUAAAAUUGGUCCGAUUAUAUGCAAUAGUAAGUUAAGACAGAUAUUUUUUAACUUAAUCACAGAAAAGUUAAAAUAUUUCAUUAAAAAUUUUAAUUAA